AUGCCCGCACUCAACAAGAUCGCCCUGACCGCUGCGCUGACGCUGCUUACCUCCCCGGCCUGGGCCGCGCUGACCUAUACCGGCACGGGCAGCUACAACCUCGGCACGCCGAGCAACGUCGGCGCUACCGCGGCGCCCACGACGUCCUGCGGCAGCAUCUCGGGCCAGGACGCGCUGCAGUUCACCGGCGUCAAUGCGGACAACAUCGGCCUGCACGCCUACGCCUGCGAUGACAACAUCGUCAGCUUCGGCAGCCGCUCGUCGGGCGAAGGCACCUACUUCGUGCAAGGUAUCGCGUCGGUGCUGGGCUCGCUGAGCGUCGGCGAGGACAACUACUCCUUCAACUUCUACAUCAACCCCGGUGAAGUCGGCGCUUUCGGCAGCACGGGUUUCGCGGCAGGCGAGUUCCAGACGUCCAAGCUGACGAUCAAACUCACCAUCGACGGCACGACCUACGUGGACGAAGCCUGGAGCGCCACCGUCGGCACCGCCGGCGACACCAGCACGAGCGGCUACACCAGCAACGGCACCUACACGGUCGGCACGAACGUCGACAGCGGCUCGGGCUACUACAGCUUCGGCCUGCAGGGCGGCUACUACAGCAUCGCGCUGGGCCAGGGCGAUCACGACAUCUCCUACGUGAUGACAUCCGAAGCCUCCGGCAGCGUCAGCAACACCAGCAUCUGCACCGCCUACCUGCAAGGCAACCCGCGCCAGGAAGCCACGCGUGCUCUCGUCGCCGAAGUGCCGGCCGACGGCCCGCCCACCGGCGAGGCCUUCACGUCCUACUGCGGCGCCGGCGCUCGCUCAGGCGACCCCUUCCCGUCCUUCGACCCGGCCAACGACUUCGGCCCCAUCGCCCGCGCACAGGCCGUCGAGGAACUGCCCGAGCCGAUGACGGCCGCCCUGACGCUGACGGCCCUGCUGGCCGCGGCCGGCGUGCGUCGCCGCAACAAGCGCUGA